UAGUCAUCAAACUGAUAUUGUGGUUUGAUACGAUAACACAUUUUGUUUUCAAUUACCAAAUUUUAAAUUGUUACUUUCACUUUGCAUUAUUAUUGUCUCUAUAUUUCACUAGUUGUUAUUUGUUAAACAUUUUAAGCUAAUUUGAGCGCUCAUUGAAGAAAAAUUAAAAGAUCUUCAUUUUAUUUAAUACCAUCACCACCUUCAUCAUGAGUACCUGUACUGACUUGAUUCGUAUUGGAUACGUAAUGCUGUUUUGGUUCUUAAUAAAAAAUGUUGCGGCAUUAUCAGAUAGAGAAAAGUCAACCAUUCAAAAAGAGUUAACGACAGUUGGUCUUCAAUGUAUACAGCAACAUCCUCUAUCUUUGUCUGAUAUUAGGUCCUUUAGGAACAAAAUGAUCCCUGAUGGUAAGAAACCAAAGUGUUUCGUAGCUUGCCUGUUCAAGAAAAUUGGAGUGAUGGAUGACAUGGGAAUGAUAUCACCAAUGAAAGCGCAGGAGAAUGCUAAAAAGGUCUUCAAAGACAACGAGGAGCAUAUUAAACAUGUCAAUGAGAUUAUGGAGAAAUGUUCUUCAGUGAAUCAUCAGAACACGAGUGACGGAAACAAAGGAUGUGACAGAGCGAAGUUAGCUUUCAAUUGUUUCACAGAAAAUGCUGACAGAUAUGGAUUCGAUUUUGACUUCUGACGAGUCAUCGUUACCAGCAGUUUCGAUGGAAACUUUUGAAAUUAUUAUUAAAUAGUAUUAAUUUAUGUUGUGUGUGUUGUAGAUGUGUUAAAUAAACUAUUUAUAAAGAA